CGGAUUUAUUGCCCGUUCAUCGCAUACCACCAUGACGACGUCAAAGACGGACAAGUUAGCCAAGCGGCUAGCCGACCAUGGUCGCCAUCUCUUCGUCUAUCACCAGAUAUGGACCAACCAGGUCGUCUACUCAUUGGAGCGCUCCAUGAACAACAACCAAUGCCUCAAGCAACUCACCUUUGCUGGAAAGAAGACGCUUCCCUCGGCACUUCGUAAGGACAUGUGGCGUCCGCUGCUCACAGCCACCUUCCCCUCGACAUCACAAGGUCUGUCCGCCUUCCGUAAACUGCGCGAACUCCGUAUGCUGCAUGAGCACAACUGGGAGCACCCCAAUCCGGAAGCCCAAAAACUGCCCGAGAAGAAGCAACGCGGAUUCAUCAUCAUGGACCAAAAGGCAAACUCGAUCGCCGACCUCGCCUGGGUAUUGCGCCACCAAGAAGAGCUGGGUGUGAAGAAGCAGCAGCAAAACGAGAGGGAGCAAAAUCGCAUCCGUGAGGAGCUGUUGGCUUUGGCCAAGGAGGCUCAGGACGGCGGUCUGCCCUUGCUUGAGCAAUCGCUCAAGGACCAGGAAGCCACGGUCGAGAUGAUGAAGCAACUGCAGAAGGAGGGCGGUGAUGAUGCACCAUCGCGUAAGGUCAUUGGUGACAAGUUGGUCGCCUUGAAGGCCAUGCGUUUGAGACACCAGAAGAUGCUUGCUGCCGACGAGGUCAUCAACCUGGCAAAGUCCACCGCUCUCGGGCAGUCGGCAGCCCUAGAAGCACGUGGUAGCGCUUCACCAGACUCUGUCGACUUGACUGUUGAGCCACCAGAGAUCUUUUACCACCCGCCCAUUGGAAGCCGUCAGAACAAGAGGCGCACUCCUGCCCAACAAGUACCACAAUACACCGCCGAAGGCGUAGUCAUCCGAUGGACUAACCCCCUGGACGCCGAGUUCGCCGCCGAGUGGCCUGCUGCUGUAAGGCACGACGCCGCUGGUCUCGCUCGCCACACCGCUGCCCCUAUCGACAAGGAGCCCGCCUUCUACGUCCAAGAGAUGAUCGAGCGCAACACCAGCUCAAAGUACACGCAACUACGCGAGGAGCGUGCCCGCGCUGCCGAGGAAUCUGACGGCGAGGACAUUGAAAUUGACGAUGCCGAGUACGAACGCUUGAUGGGCAAGUCUGCCGCUGAGCUCCGCGCGUAGAGCACCUCUUGACGUCAACCUCUGUUACCUUUCCUCAAAACUCUGGGCUCUUUCCGUCCUCGGUGUGAUCAGAGCAAACAUCACACAUCUGUACAUCUAUACCUUGACUUCCAUCUUGGAUGUUAUAUGUAAACUUACCUAGCAUAUGGCGGGGCGCCAUGGCGUUGUCUUUAUACCUUUUUCUGCUAUGAACGAAAUUCGAAAAGAGUUCUCAAAUGCUUUCAUGUCGAGAUGGUUCAUCUGCCACGGUAACAAGAAUGGCUGGUUCCAACAAUUUGCGAUCG